AUGCUGACCGAAUUCGACGAAACAUGUGGAUGCAUCGGUCUUCAGCUGAAUCUACAAAAGACGAUGUUCAUGCGGAACGGAUGGGUCUCAAAUGCCCCAUUCACGCUCAACGGAACGAACAUAUCCGAAUGCACCACUUACGUCUAUCUGGGUCUGGAACUGAACAUGAUGAACGACUUGAGCCCCGAGCUGGACAGGAGGAGACGAGCGGCUUGGGGAGUGUGUAAGAGCAUCGAGGAUGUAGUGAAGAAGACCACAAACAACCGGCUCCGUGCUCACCUCUUCAGCACCACCGUACUUCCUGCUUUGACCUAUGCUUAG